AUGGCGAGGAUCCCGUGGACUUUGUGCGCAGGUUCUGGGUCCUGGCGUUGGAUUGCUACGAUGAGAAAGAUGAGGAGGCGCUUGUCGAAAUUUGCAUUAUCAAUUUUCUCGGCUGCUGGAAGCAGUGAGGAGGAUGAGCAUGUCUAUCAAGCCAACGGGACAGAGGACUUGAGGAGCGAGAAGAAGGAGAUGCACCAAGCGUUAGCUAUAGAUGACAAGCCAUCCAAUGACUACAACUCACGCAAACGGAAGCAUAAGGAGACAUACCCGCCACUACCAUGCAAAGAUGAAGAAUUCCAUGCCAUCCUUGACACGAUGAUUGCUGACGACGCAAUCAAGCCCCUCAGGCCCUACAAAGUCCCUACUAGAGAGGAGAAAAAUGAUCCUAGAUACUGCCGUUAUCAUCAAUUUGUAGGGCAUCCAACCACUACUUGUUAG